UUGGUUUUCAAUUUCAAUAAGUUUGUAAUAUUCUAAUUCAACGAUAUUCAUUACUUUAUUUUACCGUUAUUUAAGUAACAAGUUUUCAUAAUAUUAUUAAAUGUCUGAGAAAGACUAUGCCCCUCUUAGUGCGGCGUGUGUUCGUGCUUUACAUGACAAGAUAUACGAGAAGAGGAAAACCGCAGCCCUAGAAAUCGAGAAAAUGGUGAAAGAGUUUGCAGCUGUAAACAAUACUGGACAGAUAAAAAGGCUACUGAAAGUGUUGGGGCAAGAUUUUGCUGUGUCACAAAACGCCCAUGCGAAGAAAGGUGGUUUAAUCGGGCUAGCUGCAAUAGCCAUUGCUCUUGGUAAAAAUACAGAAACUUAUACGGAUGAAUUGAUAAGGCCUAUUUUGAAUUGUAUGGUCGAUCAAGACUUGCGAGUGAGAUAUUACGCUUGCGAAUCACUGUAUAAUGUUGUAAAAGUCUCGAGAGGUGCUGUUUUAUGUCAUUUUCCAGCAAUAUUUAACUCCCUCAGCAAAAUUGCCACAGAUCCUGAUCACAACGUUAAAAAUGCAUCGGAACUACUGGACAGACUUUUAAAGGAGAUAGUGUUAGAAAACACAGAAUUUGAUUUAGACGGUUUCAUUCCGUUGCUUAGAGAACGAAUAUACACAAAAAACGCCUUUUCAAGACAAUUUAUCAUCUCUUGGAUAUCCGUCUUGAAUUCCGAACCAGAUUUAGAUUUAAUAAGGUAUUUACCGGAAAUUUUGGAUGGGUUAUUUAGAAUAUUGGAUGAUCCAAACUUGGAAGUUAAAAAAAUGUGCGAAACUAUAUUAGGUGAAUUUUUAAGAAAAAUAAAAGAGGACCCUUCAAAAGUUGAUUUUGCUGCUACCAUAAAUAUUUUAAUCAAUCACGCCCAGGAGAAAGGUGACGAUUUAGUGCAAUAUACAGCGUUAACUUGGAUAAAAGAAUUUGUACAAUUAUCCGGUCCUUCAAUGUUACCUUGUAUGUCAGCAAUAUUUACAGCAGUGUUACCAUGCUUAUCUUACGAUACAGAAGUCCAAAGAAAUAUCAAAGAAACUGCCACAGUCAUUAAUUAUAAUCUAAUGAAAUUGAUUGCUGUUAAAAGUGAUUUGAAAGACUCCAGUGAAAAUAUACCAACUGACUUGGAUUUACCUACAGUGGUAGAAGUGUUGAGCCAGUAUCUCUUACACAAUUCGAUACAAACUAAAGUUGCAGUUCUCAAAUGGAUACACGAUUUAUACAUCAAAUUGCCCACUAAAAUGGGGGAGUUUAUCGAUAUCCUUUUCCCUGCUCUUCUACAAACAACCCUGGUCGAUGAAUCGGAUCAAGUCGUGCAGCAGUGUUUGGUUGUUAUGGCUGAAGUUAUAUCAUCACCAGAGAACAACAAAGAAGGGGAUACUUAUUACCAAAAAUUUAUUAUUAAUUUGUUGACUUCGUUCAGGGAAAAUUAUAGGUUGUUGGAUGAACGUGGUUCAUUUAUUAUUAGACAGCUUUGUGUAUUACUUAACGCCGAAAAAAUAUACAGAACGUUAGCGGAAAUAUUAAAAAAAGAAAUCAAUUUAAAGUUUGCAAGUAUUAUGGUUGAGCAUUUAAAUAUGAUUCUUUUAACAUCUUCGGAGUUAUACGAUAUGAGAAAUAACUUGAAAGAUUUGUUAACAGAAGAAAGUAAAUCAUUAUUUAUCUGUUUAUAUGAAACCUGGUGUCAUAAUCCUGUAGCUACUGUUUCAUUAUGUUUGCUAACUCAAAGUUACAAUCAUGUUUGCGAUUUGAUACAGUUAUUUGGUAAUUUAGAAGUUACUGUUGAUUUUUUAAUAGAUAUUGACAAAUUAGUACAAUUGAUAGAAUCUCCCAUAUUCGCUUAUUUAAGACUCGAGUUGUUGGAAAUUCCAACUAAUAAAAAUUUAGUAAGAGCCUUAUAUGGUUUGUUGAUGCUUUUACCUCAAACAGAAGCAUUUACCACUCUCAGGACGAGAUUAAGUUGCAUACCAGGUCUCCACGUGCAUCACGAUGAUCAUAAAGUAGACAUUAAAGUAUCUAAGGACGACCAUAGAGUAGAUCACAAGAGAAAAUCAUUAGUGAAUACUAUCGAUUUUCCUGUAUUGUUGAAGCAUUACAUUGAAAUACAGGAAAAACACAAGGAAUAUAAACGGAUACAGCGUGCCAAUGAAAUAACUUUCUCAAACGCUCAAUCUGUAAAUAUGUAAAUUUCUCAAUAGGUUUAUAUUUCUUUUUGUACGCAUUCCAUUUAAAACAUGUCAUCUAUACAUAAGUUUGUUGUAUCAAAUGUACGAAGGUACAUCACCUUAAAAAAUGUUAAUAAAGAGGGUAUUUUAUUAUGUAUCUACCUAAAUUUGUAUUUAGAAUAAGUGUGUAUUUUUUUAGGUGAGAAUUGUAUGCAACAAUAAAUUAUAAUUAUAAGUUAUCUC